UUUACAUAUAUUUGAAAAUAUGAGACAGUCUUUGAGACAAGUCCAACAUGGUCUGUGGCAGGACUCGUAGCAGAAUAUUACAACAUAUUUUGACACUCCAUAUACAAGAUGUCGCGGCAUAGAGACGUUAGGAAAUUAGAUUACGACGAAGAAUAUGAUGAUGCUCAUGAUGAAGAUGUGUAUGGCCACUCAGUUGAAGAAGGUGACUAUGGGCUGUCUCCAGGAACAGAACAAUAUUUGUACAGCAGAAGUCGUGAAAAUACACAUGGAUUUGGUCAAUAUUUUCCAACGGGAGAGGAUAUUAAGGAAGAAGAAGAAGCUUUUGACAACCCUGCUUAUAAGACAGUGUCCUUAGAACGAAACUGUCGCGAUUCUCCAAGCUACGCCAAGCCACUUUUAUCACCAGAUGAUGAGGUUCGUUUAGCGUCAAUUCUGGAUGAGCUGCGGAACAUCUUGGGAGACAAAUAUACUGAAAAGGAAUUGACGCAAGCAGUUUUAGCCAAUAAGUUUGAGCUUGAUGCCUCUCUAAAUGCUUUGCUCGACAAGUCAUCAUCACCAGCGACAGCACAAUCCCUCCCACAGAGAGAAAAGCGGGUUAGAACUAGAGAAAAACCUUUUACAGCAUCAGAAGGGGUUAAGCAGCUCUCCCUAACACAAAAUCAAAAAUAUAAGGGGGAAUUGGUAAAAAAUUGUAAGGUGCCAUCAUCUGCAGCCCUUCCUAGUCAGCUUUCUGCACCUGUAGUUGUAACAACUCCUGCGACAGGUGGCAGCACUCCUCGAGUGGUGCGGGGCUUCCAUGUUCAAAAUGAUAAAGAAAGCACAACAUGUGAGAAUAACGUGGGUCAACACGAGCAGGAGAGCAAGCGAUCUCGCAGCAAAACCCCUGUACGUGGAUGGAAAGAUAAAGAGAAAGAGAAGGAUAAAGACGUGUCUACAGUAGCCAAAACCCCUGCUAGAAUCAGGGACAAGCCUGUAGAUGUGGUGUCAGAGUACAAGGAGCAACGAGGGAGUGGGAAGGACCUCCUUAACUUGGUGGUGGUUGGCCAUGUUGAUGCUGGCAAGUCAACGCUGAUGGGGCAUCUCUUGUACCUCCAGGGUAAUGUUGGUCAGAGAACUAUGCACAAAUAUGAACAAGAAAGCAAGAAAGUUGGCAAACAGUCCUUCAUGUAUGCCUGGGUGUUAGAUGAUACAGAUGAAGAGAGAGCUCGGGGCAUAACAGUAGAUAUUGCCCAGAGAAUAUUUGAGUCGGAAACCAAAGUAAUAACACUUCUUGAUGCUCCAGGACACAGAGACUUCAUUCCUAACAUGAUCACAGGAGCAGCAAGAGCCGAUGUCGCCAUUCUAGUUGUUGAUGCCUGCACGGGGGAAUUUGAAGCAGGGUUUGAAAGCGGUGGGCAGACGAGGGAACAUGCUAUUCUGAUAAGGUCUUUAGGAGUUUCACAAUUGGUUGUGUGUAUAAACAAAUUGGACUCUGUUGAAUGGAGUGAAGACCGGUUCAAGGAUAUAAAGCAUAAUUUACGGAUGUUUCUUAAGACCGUUGGCUUUAAGGACAUCGACGUUGUGUAUAUUCCAUGUUCAGGUCUAACUGGAGAAAAUCUUGUAAAACCCACCACAGAAAAGAGAUUAUUAUCCUGGUAUACAGGCCCAACACUGCUCCAGGCAAUUGAUAAGUUAAAAGUACCAGAGCGUGGUAUUUCUCGACCAGUUAGACUGUGUGUGAGUGAUGUUUAUAAAGGGCAGGGAUCCAACAUGUGUGUCAGUGGACGGCUUGAUACUGGCUAUGUCCAGCAGAAUGACCGGCUGCUGCUGCUUCCACAAGGAGAUGUACUUAAUGUCAAAGGUGUUCAAGCAGACAAUGGUUCAUCUGCCACAGCCUUUGCUGGUGACCAUGUGACGCUGACCGUUAAUGGUGUUGAUCCCAAUGUGCUCCAUAUUGGCGACUUUUUGUGCGAUCCGACCCAUCCCAUCCCAAUUGUUUCCAGGGUGCAAGCUCGCAUUGUAGUGUUCAAUAUAACGGUACCUCUGAUCAAGGGAGCACAGGUUGAUUUUCACUAUCAGGCUGUAACAGAACCUGCAAAAAUUAAAAAACUAGUAUCCCAGCUACAUAAGACUACUGGACAGAUUGUGAAAAGUAAACCACGAGCACUCGUCAAAAACACUGCUGCAGUAAUAGAACUGGCAUUCACGCGUCCUCUGUGUCUGGAGCUUUUCAGAGACUAUAAAGAAUUAGGACGCUUUAUGUUGAGAACUGGAGGCUCCACUAUAGCUGCGGGACUUGUAACUCAGAUCCUGGAAUAAAUGCCGUUAUAUAGUUUUAUUUAUGAUCUGUAAAGGUUAUAGAUGUUGUUUCGAAGAUAAAGUUAGUACAGUAAUAUGGAAAACAGCGAUGGUCUCCUAGUAAUCUUACCUGUAACUACUCAACAUGUAGGCUUAGAAGCACCACCAUAGAUCUGGAGAACUGGUAAUAUUACACACAACCCAUGAGGCACGAGCUCUCUCCUAAGACUAGGGGCGUGAGGUCGAGAGUGGUCACAGCUAGUCAUGGUGACAUGAAACAAGGUCAGGAUAACACUUUAACCCAUAGACACGGACCAAUUGACAAAAAUCCAUGACAGUUGUUCAAGGUAAAAGCCAUAGCUACAAUACAUUAAAGGCAUUUAUGCCUGCAUGUUAAUAUCAGAAAAUUAUGUAGUAUUUGGAUUUGUGGUGAACUUGAAUGAAUUAAAAAAUUGUGCUUGAAAUGUUAAAUUGUUGUAUGUAGCCGUAAGUUUAUUUAUUAUUUGUUGGAGUUCAGUAAAUUGCAUAAUAGUACUGUGUUAUGUUUUCAAACAUCUGUAAAUCGCAGUAAAUGGAUUAGUUACUAACAAUUUUAAAUUUUCAUUAGCCAUAGAAGUAUAGUAAGUACUAUGCUUCUGUCAAAUAUGUGUUCAUUUACAUUAAUGGAUGAUACUAGUGACUGUUAUUAAUCAUACUUCUUAUUGCAUUCAUAGGGAUUUUGUUUUAUGGAAUAAAGAGGUGAUGGUGUGCUCUUCUGGCAUGCAACUUGAGUACCAGUACUGGUGUGCUUUUUUACUCUUACUCGGCUCUGUCCAUUGGUGUGUGUAGCAAAAUAUUAAUUAUAAGUAGCUAUGAUAUUAAUGAGCAGGCUAGAAAAAGUGGAUACAGAUUAUCUACAAAUUGAUUAUCAAUAUUUAUCCAUCUUUAUUAUAAAAGGUGGCUGAUUAUCUUUUAUUUAAUGAGUUUGUUAUUGUGUGAUAGUUAAGUAUUGUUGUUAUUGCUCGACAACAGAUUAUUAAAUUACGAGUGGUGCACAUAUAUAUUUUUUUUCUUAGAAGUAGAUCCUUACUUGUAUUGACGUUUACUAUUGCUCGAGAAAUGGAGUCGGAUAUGGUUUACUUUUUUUUUCGGGCACCUUCAUUAUAUAUAAUACAUAUUGUAGCUAUAAUUAAUUAGCAAUGUGUGUUGUAUUGAUAAAGUAUAUAAGUAUAUUUAUUUUAUAGAUCUAUAAAACAAAGGAGGAUGUAGUAUCCGGAAAAUAAUAAUUUUGUGUAGCUAUGAGUAAAAAUGUAUGUGUGAACAUGUACAGGUGGCAUAUAAAGGGAUAUACAUCAGUAAAUGAUUGUAAAGAAAACCAGGAAAGGUGGAGUACUGUGCGCAUAUACGCCAUCAAAUGUCUUUCCUGGCAGAUCUUCAUCAGUCGGUAGGAAUAACUGAAAACUAGUGCUGCUUUACAUAGUAAAAGUUCUUUUGAUCAAAAUUUAAAUAAUUAUAACUCGAGUUUAGAUGAUAUUUGCUAAUAAAUGUAUUAUUCUCAUCAUUCCAGAUUUGGGGAUGGCCAGAUAUUUAUGGUUAUUUUAUAUGAAGAUCUUAACAUGAAACAUACAAUGUGAGGUAUUUAAGUCUGAUUACUUCAUUUCUUUAUACAGUGUUUUUGGGUGGGUGACUAGCUCUUAAUUGACUAAAUGCAGUACAUACUAAAACAAAUUUUAGGUUACUCAUAAAGUUUUUAAAUCUAUAUGUUAACUUAAAAUGGUUCUUGUUUUAGUGUGAUUAUUAAAUCCUUCCUAAAUUAUGCAUAGGUUAAUCUAGCCUGUAUUCUAAAUGAGUCAUUGAGGUCAACAACAAUGUGUGAUAUUUACUCAUUUAGUAGUCCAGUUAUCUUUCAUCACUCAUAGAAGCAAUUUUAUUUAUUUGGCUACAUUCACACUGUAGUGAUAUUAAGGAUUUUUUCCUUUAGUUUAAUUUUUAUUUACACAAUAUCGAUCCUGCAGAGGGUAAGAAGGAAGUAAUUAUCAAAACAAGGUGCUAUGCCCAAAGGUCAUAUAGCAUUGUUUGUCACGGAACAUUAAAAAGUUCAUGGAUAUUAUUUAGGAUGCCAAUUUAAAAGAUAAAACAUAAGAUGAACAAUGUCAAAGGAAUCGGAUUCACAGGAGUUUAUUGAAGAACGUGAUUCAAACCAUGCCUGUGGGUGUAGUGGAAGGUUAUAUAAAAUGCUCAGGAAUUUAACACAAAUUUUUUUAUUGCUAAGUAGGUAGCAGUACAGCAUUGAUAAAUCAAUAAUUUGGUUAUAAAGCAAUAGGUUAAAUUUCUUACAUUUGGCAGUCUGCCCCCUUCCAAGCAUAUUACAAUUUUGUUUUGUAUAAGUCUCUAAGACAUUCAGGACAAGAUGAAAGGCCAUGUCUUUAGGUGAUUACUAAAGCAUUAAAGACAAAUUUGCAUUUUCAUGUGGGGUAUCAUGUCAUAUUAUACUUUAAAAUACAUUAUCAUUACCCCUAUUUAUUCACUUCUCCUGUGUACUAUUUUACUUCUUUAAGAACUCAUUUUUUCUAUCAGAUGUUCUCUUUUUAGUUUGGAGCUUAUUUUUUGGCAAUUAUUUAGUGAGUAGCAGUCUUCAGUGUGAUAAACUUUAUUUAAAUAUCUGGUGGAGAUCUCAACAUGAGGCUGCUCUUUAUUUAGUGAGCAGUUCCAGAGGAAGUAUAGUGUCAAUGAUGUAAAUAUCAUAGGUAGAUGAGUAGCAGUGUCCUCCACAGGAUGAAGGACAUGAGUAACUAAAUGAACAAUGAACUGGAAAUUGGGAAUAUUUUAUAAUAGAGCCAACUAUGAUGUGCAUGAUAAUGAAAGUACUAGCGAGUUACUAGUACUUUCAUUAUUUAGUAGUGACAGUACUAAAAUUUCUGUGGUGUAUGAAUAAAUUAGAUAAAAUAUAAGCAUGCAACCUAAAACAAAUACAUUGUACAGUACAAUCACUAACACAAUGUAAAUAGGUUGGCUUAAGGAAUGAUUUAUUACUGCAAUUGUUUGUAUUUAGCAAACUGUAUUGCAGUGAACUAUAUUAUACUGUUUGGGAAUACAGUAUAUCUUUAAAUUUUGUUUUUACUGUAUUACAAAUUUGGAAAUGGUGUCAGAAAUUAAAUAAUGGAUGCAUAGAUGACUUAAGGUCUGUAGGAUGUAAGCUUUCUUUAAGACAGUCUGCUAUCAAUUUGUCCUUUCCCUACAUUCUGGCUUAUAUCCAAUAAAAUGAUAAAUCAAAUGA